AUCGCAGGCGGAGUGUGUCCGCAGAGAAGGAUGGCGGGUCUAGUGAAGAAGACAACCGGCCUGGUCGGCCUCGCAGUGUCCCUCAAUCCACAUGAGCGUCUGAGGAUUCUCUACUCAAAGAUCCUGGCAUCAGUGCAGACAAUGCCACAGGAUGCCGCCUACAGGAAGUACACGGAGCAGCUGGUCACCGAGCGAUACGACCACGUGAAAACGGAGCCGGAUGUUGAAAAGCUGGAGAAGAAAAUAAACUGUGGUCAGAUAGAAGAAGUCAUUUUCCAGGCGGAGUGUGAGUUGAAUCUUUCCAGGAAGAUGUCUGAGUGGAAACCAUGGGAGCCGCUGACAGAGGAGCCUCCUACCAACCAAUGGAAAUGGCCCAUCUGAAGACACCUAUGUAAACUGUAUAUUAUUGUCUGUCUGAGUGUGUGUGUGCGCGGGUGAACAGAGUGAUGUACAAAUAAAAGUCCUGCAAAUAUUUCCCCA